CGAGUACACACAGUCACACAGUGCACACAAUCGUAAUCACAGCACUAACCCCCAUCAGACGAAAGCUCAUGCCUUUUGGUUACGAUUCAAAAAUCUCACACAGCUAGCUGUAUGAUAUUGAUAACCCCUGUUUAGAGAUCUACUAUUUUCCGUUCAUUGUUGCAUAAUUUUAUCGGCAUCUUCUCCGUUUCUUCUCGAAUCGACGGUUGAUUGAUUAGCCAUGGUUUCAUCCACUAAGAUCAAAUCCGUUGAUUUUUACAGGAAAAUUCCAAGAGAUUUGACUGAGGCAUCAUUAUCUGGUGCUGGAUUGUCAAUAAUAGCAGCCCUUUCCAUGAUGUUUUUAUUUGGAAUGGAACUGAAUGAUUAUAUGAGAGUCAGCACCGCUACAUCAGUUGUUGUUGACAAGAGUUCUGAUGGGGAUUUUUUACGAAUUGAUUUCAAUAUAAGUUUUCCAGCACUGUCUUGUGAAUUUGCCUCUGUUGAUGUCAGUGAUGUCCUGGGAACAAAUAGGUUGAAUUUAACUAAGACUAUCCGCAAGUACUCAAUAGAUUCAAAGUUAAAUCCUACUGGCCCGGAGUUUCGGUCAGGAGCAGUUGCAAAAGCAAUUAAGCAUGAUGAGCAAGACGAUGAAGAGUAUGGAGAAGGUUCUGUUACACUAACUGCACGCAAUUUUGAUAGAAUUUCACACCAGCAUGCUAUUUUGGUGGUAAAUUUUUUUGCGCCAUGGUGCUAUUGGAGCAAUCGCUUGAAACCUUCAUGGGAAAAAGCAGCAAAAAUUAUCAGAGAAAGAUAUGACCCAGAAAUGGAUGGACGUAUUAUUUUGGGAAAGGUCGAUUGCACUCAAGAAGCUGAGUUGUGUACUAGGAAUCACAUACAAGGAUAUCCAUCUAUUCGCAUCUUUCGUAAAGGAAGUGAUGUGAGGAACGAUCAUGGCCACCAUGAUCAUGAGUCAUAUUAUGGAGAUCGAGAUACAGAUACCCUAGUGAAGACAAUGGAGGAUUUGGUAGCGCCUAUUUCUGUGCAGUCACUCAGUGCUUCUGAUAGUCCAGCCACUGAGGCGAAAGAUGAUUCAAAAAGGCCCGCACCUUUAGCAGGAGGGUGUAGGGUUGAGGGUUUUGUACGUGUGAAGAAGGUUCCGGGGAAUCUUAUUGUAUCUGCUCGUUCAGCUUCCCAUUCUUUUGAUGGUUCUCAGAUGAACAUGUCACAUGUUAUUUCCCAUUUUUCUUUCGGUAAAAUGAUCACUCCACGGGUGAUGAGUGACAUGAAACGGCUCCUGCCACAUCUAGGUUUAAGCCAUGACCGCUUGAAUGGCUUGUCGUAUAUAAGUAAUCCGACUGACUCCAAUGCAAAUGUAACUAUCGAGCAUUAUCUUCAAGUAGUGAAAACUGAGGUGAUGACAAGAUCUUAUAAACUACUUGAGGAGUACGAGUACACCGCCCACAGUAGUUUGUCGCACAGUAAUAACAUCCCUGUUGCAAAAUUUCAUUUCGAGCUAUCACCAAUGCAGGUCUUAAUAACUGAAAACUACAAGUCCUUUUCGCACUUCAUUACAAAUGUCUGCGCCAUUAUUGGAGGUGUUUUCACGGUUGCUGGAAUUGUGGAUUCAAUUCUGCACAAUACUAUCAGGAUGAUGAAAAAAGUCGAACUAGGGAAGAACUAUUGAUCAAAAGUCGAAAUUAGCAAACAUCUAAGAAAAAACCGAUUUCUUUAUACACCCUUUAGUCGCAGAUAAAUUAAAUUGUUUAGAAUAUAGUUUGUUUUCUAAAUUAUUUUGCUGAAGGAUAGUAUCUACAUUUGGUAGCCCUUGUGGAAAAUGCCAUUGAGAGAGAAUAAUUUUAUCUUCAAUUUUGCAUUAUCUAACCUUUGUCUGUUUUGCUCA